AUCCAUAUCUAAUUUGUAGUUUGUACUCUAUCUCGCUGAUCGCUCUCGUUGUCGUUCUCAGAUUACAACAAAUAAUUUAAUUUCACCAUUACUGAUUACAGUUCUCUGUAAUUGAUUCUGUUAGAUUGUAGUUUGUAGUGUUUGCUUCCUCAUCAUGUCUCUGUAUCCCUCGUUAGAAGAUAUGAAGGUGGAUAAUAUGAUACGCGCUCAGUUAAGUCAACAGCAAAACGGACCACCAUCUUUCCCACCUUCUUAUCAACAAAACUCGACGCCAAGUGCUCCUCAUCAUGUUUACCCCGCUCUUGGUGAUUAUAUGGGACUUGAAUUAUCCCAAGAUGUAAUCGCUCGCAAUAUGCCAGAAUAUCAAAUUCAAGUCCCCCGACCUGGUGGACUAGCAUCCUCUUCUAAUAUGAUAGCACCACUAUCAUCACAGUCUUCAACUUUGUCUAAAGCAAUUGUAUCCGGAGCUAUAAGGCAAGUGAUUUUAUGCAAAGACCGGGAUGGCAAAUGUGGACUAAGGCUUCAUUCUGUAAAUAAUGGAGUAUUUGUUUGCUAUGUUGCGGCUGGAAGUCCAGCUGCUUUAGCUGGUUUAAGAUUUGGAGAUCAGAUACUUGAAAUCAACAAUGUAUCUCUUGCUGGAAUGUCAAUGGAGCAAUGUCACGCUAUUUUAAAGAAGGCACCGACUAAUGGAAUCAAUAUGGCUGUUCGUGACAGACCUUUUGAACGAACAAUCACACUACACAAAGAUUCCCUUGGACAUGUUGGCUUCCAGUUUAAAAAUGGAAACAUAGUUGGAUUGGUCAAAGAUUCAUCUGCAGCUCGCAAUGGUUUACUGACAGACCAUCAGAUUCUGGAAAUAAACACUAUAAAUGUUGUGGGCAUGAAAGAUAAAGAGAUUUCUAAAGUUAUUGAUGAUGGCCCGAAUGUUGUGAAUGUGACUGUAAUACCACAAUAUAUCUACCAACACAUGAUAAGCAAGAUGUCAAAUUCGCUGUUCAAAGAAUUGGACCGCACACCUGCUGUUUAAGAAACUCGAAGCAUUUAGCUCAUCAUUUUGCCACGAAUUUAUUUUUUCGCACAUUUUUGUACACCUUCUUUUAUCUUGAGUAUUCCAUACCUUACUUUAGUAGUCGAUAAUUAGUCAGUAAGGGCUGUGAUCGAAAUUUGCAAAAUGUGUCAUAUUCUGCCAUGUUUGGGAUUCGGCAAUAUUGAAGAGAUUUAACUAAAAUUAAAGUAUUAGUAUCGAUGCCGCCAUUAAUAGUUCAGAAAAUAUAUUUGUAUGUGUCAUAGUUCAAUAAGCUGUAUUUACAAAUAAUGGACUUGUUUACAUUUUAUACAAUUUAUUUAGAUUUCUUAUAACAAUAGACAUGCAUUCCUAUUUUCUUAAUUGCUUAUUCAGAUUUUUAAGAGAUUUUUAUGAAUGACAAUUUAUUAGCUCUAGUUCUAGCGUAAGGCACAUUUAAGUAUAGGCCAAAUAUAUGUUAGAGUUAAGUUUUAUACAUGUAUCCAAUUAAACACGUUUUUAAUAA